GUGUGUGUGUGUGUGUGUGUGUGUGUGUGUGUCAGCCGUACCCAUCAUGGCCCCUGAGCAGCAGCUGAUCAGACGGACCGCCGCUCCGCCAUCCUCCACCCUGCCCGUCAGUGCCAGACACCGGCACCGGUAAAGAGGCUCCAUGUCUCCGGCGUUCUCCGUCAGGUAUCUGAGCAGGAGGGCUGCGCUCCAGCCGGACAGAGCCAUGAAUAAGGAUUAUUCUACUAAUCUAUCGGUACAGCAGGUGCUCAGCCUUUGGGUCCACGGCACGGUACCGACCCUCCAGCACUUCACAGAGAUGUGGUACUGGGUGUUCCUGUGGUGUCUCUUCUCAUCGCUGUUCGUUCACAGCGCUGUUGGUCUGCUGAUGUGUGUGACUCUACAGCGUCACAAGCGAGGUCGUCUCAUCACACUGGUGCUCAUCAGUGUGGGCUUCCUGGCCUCUCUCACCGGUGGAGUCAUCACCAGUGCCGCAGUGGCAGGUGUGUAUCGUGUGGCAGGGAAGGACAUGGCACCGUUGGAAGCUCUGGUGUUCGGCGUGGGCCAGACCACAUUUACUGUCAUCAUCUCAUUCUCACGGAUCUUGGCCACGCUCUGAAUGGACAGGCUUAUUGACUGACACACUCAACAGCCAACUGGCCGUCAGAAGUGGCGGGAACAAGAAAAAGUGGGCCGGGUCGAGGUGAGUAGGGUGAAACCACAGAUGUGUGACCUGUGGUAGAAGCAGAUAUGCUUUGGGUGUCACUCAUAGCCUAUGGACCACUAUAAAACCCUGUGGAACUGCUCAGAGAAUCUAAAAGUUCAAAUAGCUCAAGCAAAAACAGCACUGGAGUUGUUCAAAGGCCAAACACAGUCAACUCAAUCAACGUGACAAUUGCCUCAAUGGUGGAGGAUUGAGAAGACUCUUUGGAUGUUUGUUGGUCGUCUGUUCGUCGUCUUCGCUUAACAUUUGUUUUGUUUUUGGACAUGGAUUGUUGCAGCUUUAAGUAAACUGCGUUGGAGUCGCAUAUCUAUCUAUCUAUCUAUCUAUCUAUCUAUCUAUCUAUCUAUCUAUCGAUAUAUCGAUUGAUCGAACGAAUGAAAAAGAAAAUGGCUUCCAUUUUGCACUUUCUACAUGUUGAAAACGGUCUUAAAAGUAUGAUUUCUAUUUAACGUUACGCUAGGGUGCUGCUUAACAACAAUAUGGACCUUAACUGAAGGAGGUUUAGGUGUAAUCCGGUCUCUACAAACCAGUAUGAACUAAUGCUCAAUGGAAUAAUGCCUUUUUUUAAACAUGGAAACAAUACAAUAUGGCGUUAAUUCUUGUAUUUAGUCCAAUUUCAGUUUUAAAACAAAUCGAAAUAAGAUUCCAAAUGUCUGUAUGCCUGUUACCUCUUUGAAAAGCACUAUUUUGGUUUGAUGCAAUCCAUCGUUUGGAUUAUAUCAUAGGUAAUAUGCCCUUCAAGUGUUCAAGUCUAUUAUCUUGUCCUUGUACAAAAUGUUAUUUCACCGUUAUCCGAGUCAUGUAUGAUCCUAUUUUAUCCAGCAUUACUGUGGCAAUACUCUCCCUGCUCGUAUAUGGGAAUUUUAAACCUCAGGCCUUAAAAGACAUUGGUGUACAUCCUGGACUCAUUCUCCACAGUUUGAGAGACUCAUGUACGUCUCUUUGGCUCUGUCGUCACUUAAUCUGAAUAGUGUGACUUGUAAUAGAAAUACACCAAUAUUUAAAUACCCUCAUGUUGCUACAAACCCAUAUGAUGUCAUUUUUGUCUCAUGUGGAAGUUCACAUUGAUGCCAUAUUGAAAAUGGUCGCUCGUGCGUUUUUGCCAACAGUUCUGAUGUGUGAAACUGCAAAUUGCAUUGUUAAUAAUUUGCCUUCCAUACAUUUCCCAGUUGCUGGUGGACAUUACCAAAACAGUCCAUAUACUACAGUUCUGUAUAGAUCAGGUGAGAGUGUUUUGGUGUUUAAGUGUUGAACAGAGAAAGUUUUGCAGCACUUGGUGGAUGAAGAGUGUGGGAUGUGAACGUACAGUGACAGUGUGUGCUACUGGCAUUAUCACUGAAAAAACAAUGUUUUUCUUUCUGUUUUCUUGUUAUGAAUAUGCACAAAUAUUGGCAUAAUGCCAUUAUUGGGUUUAUUUUAUAUACUGCCAUAAUGACCUGUUGGUUGAAUACUAUUCCAGUGUUUUAAACAUAAGCUUUUGGACGCUUUUGUUUUUAUUUUUUGGUAGCUUUUUAAAGUCUCUGUUUAAUGCAUUUUAGAGGUGUUUUAAUGCAGUAUAGUGCAUUCAGAAUUCUUUUAUAAUAACCAUUGGAUACUCUUAUAAAUAAUUAUGAGACUACGGUUGUAUUAAUAAUUAGAUAUAGUUAUUAUUAAAAUAUUAUAUAGUAUUAUAUUAUAUUAUAAUAACCUUUAAAGUGCAUUUGAACACAUGAUUAACAUCACAAUUCAAAUUUACCAAAAGUUAUAUCCUGUUUGAUCUCAAAAGUGUUACCAUUAAUAUGUAAUUGUUAUAAUAUAUUAUAUUAUUAAUUACAAAUAUAUAACAGAUUGCAAUGUUUAUUAUAUGGUAUUACUGUAUGUAUAACUUACAAUGCAUUAAAACCCUUUAAAAUGCAAUAAAUAUACAGGUCUCAUAGAUAGUGUUAACAUUUUUGAAACAAACGAACAAACUCUUUGAUGAAAAUAAACCAAGAACCAGUUACACUCAAUUUGGUAUCUAUUUUAUUUUUGAAGUAUAACUUUGAAGCAUUGCUUACAUUUUCCAUAGCAUGUGAGCCGUCUCUCAAACUCAAAACUGGCAUUUUUAUAUCUUGUCUUUCAGUAUUUAUCUCAGUCUGAUACCAAACUCCACCUGUAUAUACAUGUAUUUUUAAGCAUUACAAAACAGCAUAUUCCACAUGUGUAUGUUUAUUAACAGUUCGUUCCAUGUGUUACUAUUGUGUCAAAGCAAAUAACAAGUGAUGGUCAGUUCAAAACAAUGUAUUGACGUCUAUAGUCGCUGAUACACACAGAACCAUUACUCUGUUCUAUAGUCAGACACAUUCAUGUUUAUUUAAGCCAAAGUUUUCCUUAUAUAUUCAGCUUUAGUACUUAUUUAAUUGAAUAUAUAUAUUUUUAAACAAUUGUUGUUUAUGACUUUUAUAUUAUGUGUUUUUGCAUAUAGCAUUAAUUCAUAAACCUGUUGUAAGGCCUACUGAAAAAAAAAAAAGGUGUAUGGCUGUUUUUCCUUUUGUUGAUACUGUGAAAGAUCUUCAGAUGUUAUGUGAUUCUUUUAAGGUUUUGAUGAGGGCACUGGAUGUAAUUGCAAUUUAUUCCAAUUCAUUUCCAAUCUUAUGCAACUAGUAGUACACUUUAAGUACCAGACCAGCACUGAAGGGGGCGCAAGAGUACUGUGAGUGAGUGUUGUCUGCAGAAUUAAGCAGAGGCAGAAAACAGAUUCACUUUAAAAAUAUAGAUUUUUUUUCAUAUUUACAUUUUGUAAUUUCCUCAUUAUGUAAUGAUGUUGUCCAGUGCUGUAGAUUUGUCUUAGGUUGUAUUACAAACAUAACACUAUGUAACACAAUUUUUGUUCCUUGGUAGUAAGUGUU